UUUUUGGUCCUACAUUUCUGAAGAAUACAUGUAGCUGCCCACGUGACAGUUUAAUUUGAACAUAUUUUGUCAUGUGGAACCAAGCUUGUAGUCAGUCCCCUGGUGGGAUGACCCGCCACAAAGCAGGGAUAUCAAAGAGGGCAACUCUUCAGAUUUUGCCCUGCACAGUGUCUCAGCUGCUGUCUGCUUCUCAAGUCAGCAACGAUACCUUCACCAUGUGCGACUGGGAACUGAACCAGGUGUCUUUAGUGGGCAUCGUCAGAGGAUUCGCGCCCUUCGUGACGAACGUCCAGUACUCUGUGGAUGACAUGACUGGUCCGCCUUUAAGCGUGAAGCAGUGGGUUAACACAGAGGACUGCGCUCUGACAUUGGUUUCCCCUGGAACAUAUGUGAAGGUUACUGGAAGUCUACGCAGUUUCAAUGGUCAAAGGUCAAUGCUGGCAAUGGAUAUCCGUUGCAUCAAGGACCUGAAUGAAAUCACAUCCCACAUGUUGGAAGUGGUACAAGCCCAUAUGCAGCUUUUUGGAAAGGCAUUUGAUGUGAAUAUGAAUCCCACUGCUGUCCCGCAGUCUGGAAGAGUCUUCAGUCACGGUGGUGGUGGGCAUCCUGAAGGCGUCUUACCAAACAGUCUUUCCACCAUCCAGGGUCAGGUGUUGCAUGUAAUCAGGAGGUUCUCUGUCCAUGUUGGCAUCAGUUUACGUGACCUGAAGAUACAGCUGGACCACCUGAGUAUAAAAGACAUCAGAGAUUCCUUAGUGUUUCUGGUAAAUGAAGGUCAUGUGUUCACCACCAUCGACGACCAUCAUUUCAAAUCACCAGAUCAAUAGCGGGCUGCCUGGAGGCCAGUGAAACAUCAAGACAUCAGUCCUGGAUCACAGCUGAUCAGGAUGUACCCACAUUUUAAUGUGACAUAAAUCUAAUUAUUUUGGUUAAAUGUAGUUAUUUAUUAAUGACGUACUGUAGCUGGUUGCUGUCUGUCUUGAAUCAUGUAUAAUGAACACAGAUAGAUAACCUGUUACAGGGUUUAUAGUGUAUCAUUUGUUGCCUGUAAAGAAUUACUACACUGAUGUGUUGCUCAGGCUUCCUUAUGUUUGAUCAUUUCUAUAUAAUGUUUUGUUUCUAAUUUAUUUGUGUGCUAAAUUUGUGGGUACCCUGCAAAUAUGUCAUGAUUGUUGGACAUAAAGAGAAGUUUAAAAUGUA